AUGAAUCAUUCAAAAUAGACUAAACAAAAGUCCAACAUUGAGGAUUUUUCAGAAUCUGAAUAAGAGGAAACAUUAAGAAAAUCUUUGAACGCAUAAUCCUAAUCCUUAUUUUAAACUUCCUUGUUCACUGCCUUAGAUUCGCAAGUUAAACAAUUUAACAAGAAACCAAUAGUUAAAAAAUCUAUGACUGAAUUCCUUAACAAUUAUGAUUAGAAUUUUGAUGAUGUCUUUGGAACUAUGAACAUGCCCUUAGAUGAUGUUCAUUUGAAUCAUUCAGAAAAUAAAAAGAACCCUCAAAACAAUAUUGAUACUAAAUAAAAAAGUAAUAAUAAUAGAAAGUAAUCAAAGAAAAGACCAAUAGAACCAUUAAAUUCAGAAUCAGAUUCUAAUUCAGAAAUCUAUACUGCAACCAAAAAGUAAUCAAAAUAAAUUACAAUUACCAAAAAGAAAUCUUCUAAAAGAACUGUGGAUUCAGAAUCAGAUGAUGAUGAUAAUCAAGAAGAAUAUGAAUAAUUCUAAUAAAUUGAAAAUAAAAUUACAAAAAAAAAUAAACCAAAAAAAUAAAAGAAAAUUAAUAGUAAUUAAUCAUCUGAAGAAUAAUCUAUCGAAAAUAAAAACUCUGAUCUAAAUUCUUUAGAGAUGCCAUCAAGUAAUGCUAAAAAGGAAAAGAAAGCCUAAAAAUUGAAAACAGCAAUUUUCAAUUUUAAUUAAGGUGAACCUGAAACCAAAAAGCAAAAUAAAUCCAAUAAGAAAAACAACAAGGAUGCUAAAUAGGAUACCGAUAAAAAAUAGAACCCAAAAACAAAAAACAAAAGAUAGAAUGAAUAAGAUAAUGAUCCUAAAAAUGAUAAGAUUGAAUAAUUAAUUAAAGAAUAUAAAAAAUAGGAGUAGGAAUUACAACAAUAAAAUCUCACUAAUAAAAAAGAUAAAUCACAAAAAGACAAUGGAACUAAAAAUAAAACAGAAAAAUAAGACACAAACCCUAUGUUAAAUUUAGAUAAUAUUAAAAUGAAUUCUCUGAUUCCACAAUGCUGCCCAAAAAAAGAUACAGAUGAUGAAGAUGAUUAAUGA